AUGACUUCCUAUCAAGAGUUAACGGCCGAAGGGGAGACGACUAGCCCUCUGUUCACGGGCUGCUGCCGAGCAAGAGAGGUCAUAAACCGGGACCUGAGCGGCAGGUCUCAUCCUGAACUCUGCAGCCGGGAUGAGAGGGAGACACCGGGGCUGGAAGUCGCCUCAGGAUUUUACUCCCCGCGCCUGACUCCGUGCACCUCUUCGGACAUCCCUCCUCCUCCUCCUCCUCCUCCUUCUCCUCCUCCUCCUCCUCCUCCUACUCCUCCACAGCUUGAGCCUUUCCAGGGCUUCUCCACACCGGCCUGCCCCCACUCGUCCCGUGUCCCCUGGCGGUGCGGGGCGCAGUGGCAGGACUCUCCGGGGCGCGGAUCCGGACCCUGCGCGUCACGCGGCGCCGGGACCAGCCGCGGCUUCGGGUCACUCACACCGCAGAUUCAGACCUGCUCUCACGGCGGACCAGAGAUUCACGUCGCCGUGGGAAGUUCAGCCGGCUCGGACUGUAACGGAGCUGGCACGGAUGAGAGGAGUAAAACUUUUGAGUGGAUGAGAGUGAAAAGGAGUCACGGGCACAGGGCGGCCAGGAUGCACAUGACCUGUGGGUUCAGCAUUGUUGGCCCGGGCCUCGGUGCGCACGAGGCUGCCGGGAGCCGCAGCAGCCCGUGCGCGGACGGCCAUCUCACGGUGCCCGGGCCCCCGAGGACCAGCUACAGCACCAAGCAGCUGACCGAGCUGGAGAAGGAGUUCCACUUCAACAAGUACCUGACGCGCGCCAGGCGGGUGGAGGUGGCCGGCGCCCUGCAGCUCAGCGAGACGCAGGUGAAAGUUUGGUUUCAGAACAGACGCAUGAAGCAGAAGAAAUUGCAGAGAGACGGGCUGUUUUCCGAGCCGGGGCCCGCGGCCCCGCACGCGCACGCCGACUCUCCGGACACCUGCCCCUCUCCCGGACCGACCCCGCCGGAACACCUGCCCCUGAACUCCUGAGAGCCGGCGCGCACGAGCGACGCCGUGCGUCACGCGGCGGGGGCGCCAAGCCUGCAGAUGUUUUCAGUCGCGUUUGCAUCGCUUUCAAUCAACCUUCACCUUUAUUUGCUUACCACGAUGGAUGCUCAUCGCAAGGAGCGCAAUGGCAAGUUACUUCAUGCAAGAACGGGUCAAAGCGAUUUGUCAUUCUCCCCCAGCUCCAGACUGGCGCGCUGAUUUGAAUAUUAAAAUUCAAAAGUGAUUCCACUGCGCUCCUACCAGCGCAAUGUAAACGAAGAUACAAACUCAUAUUAAUUGAGCAUAGAAGAUGAGGGGGACGAUUUGUUUAUUUAUUUAAUUAUUUUUGGACAAUUUAUUG